UUUUGCUGGACCUUCCGCGAGCUUUUCGCUCUCCUCCCCCCCGGCGCGGUGGCCGGGGCCCUGGCGGCGCGCGCCAUGAUGCGUUCCGCAUACGGCGGCGCCUCUUGUCAGUGCUGCAACCCUGGGGGCCAGUGGCGCGGCACAGGCCCUGGCCACCACGAAGGCGCGCCCAGCCGCGGUGGCAACGGCGCAACGCCCGCCUGCUCGCCUGCUGGCCCGGGCACUGCCGGCGGCUUCCUCCCGGGCUACACCGCCGAGGAUUGGGAGCAGUUCAACUCGACGCAGGACGGGGUGAACCUCUACAGGUGGUGGGCCGACUGGAUCCCUACGGUGGAAGGGCAGACGUGGUGCGCCAACAAGCAGCGGGAAGCGAGGACGCUGGUGGACGGCAUGAUCAGGCAGUGGGGGCUCGAGACGUUGCGGUCCGGCGAGGGCGUCAUCGACAUAGGCGGCGACCCAGGUUUCGCGGCUGCCGAGCUCCUCCGCUCUGGUGUGCCGGUCACCGUCGUGGAUCCCGGGUUCGGGCAGGCCGGCAAGGCCAACAGCUGGACUUCGCAGGUGCUGCAGGACCCCAGCAACUGGCAGAGGGUCCCCGCGGGCAAGGUGCCCUUCCGGCUCAUCCGGCGGCCCUUCAACCAGGACUUCGUCGACGAGCCGGAGCAUGCCUCGCUGCUGGGCGGCGCAUCCGCGUUGGUGUCCCUCUACCCAGACGAGGCGACCGACUUCACGCUUUUCUUCAGCGCCUCUCGCGGCAUGCGGACGGCCGUCAUCCCGUGCAACGAGUGCGCGCAGUAUUUCCCGAAGCACGACCCGACCUACGAGGGCUUCGUGAACUUCCUGCUGGAGCGGGACAUGCACCAGGUGAGCUGCCUCGGUGGGCAGCGCGCCGCACUCAGGAGAGAUUGGCUGAGCGGCUCGCCCUUCUGCCAGGUUGUGCUCCAGCGCACCCCGCCGUGCGACUGGGCCGCAGCGCUGCCGCGAGGGCCAGGCGGCCACUGGCCGCCGCCGGAGGCAAACCCCGCGCGCCACGCAGCGGCGCGGCAGGGCCUCUGGCGGUGACGAGG